AUGUUAAACCCUAAUUAUAACAUACCAGACAGAGAAACAAUAUCGAAUAGCUUAAUACCACGGCUCUAUAACAAUAUAAAAGAAGUCAUUUUAAAAAAACUAUCCGAAGUUGAUGCAGUAUGUCUAACUACAGAUGGGUGGACUUCAAUCAAUAAUCAAAGUUUCAUUUCAAUUACCGUCCACUUUAUUGAUGAUGAUAAUGGAAAGCAAAUAAUUAAAUCCUAUCUUUUGGGCUGCAUUCCUUUUGAUGAACGACAUACAACUGAAAACGUAUCAGAUCAACUAAAAAUUCAGGCAGAUGAAUGGGGAAUUUCUAAUAAAAUAGCUUGUGUCAUAUCGGACAACGCUGCCAAUAUAACUGCAGCAAUAAAAGCUACAUCUUGGGCUCUUUUUCCAUGUUUCGCACAUACCUUCAAUUUGGUCCUGCAAGCUGGAAUAAUGGAAAUUCAAGAACAAGUUAACAAGGUUAAGGCCAUCGUGCAAUUUUUUAAAAAGAAUUCCAGUGCUUUAACUAAACUAAGAGGUAUGCAAACGCAAAUGGGGCUACCUGAACUAAAAUUAAAAGAAGAUGUCGGAACAAGAUGGAACUCUACGUAUGAUAUGCUCUCAGGAAUAUUAUUGGUUAAACCAGCUGUUGUCGACUUAUUAGCUGGUGAUGAGCCCCAUCUUAAUACACUAUCACUAUCUGAUUGGAAUAUUUUAGAAAAAUCAGUUAAGGUUUUGAAACUAUUCUACCAAAUUACUGAGGAAAUUAGCGCGGAAACCAGUGUAACUAUAUCUAAAGUUAUCUUGUUUGUUAAAUACAUGAGUUACCAUUUACAAAAAUGUAUAAACAUACAAAACCCACCAGAAAUAAACAACUUAUUAGAAAAGUUGCAGGCCCAGAUAAACCUAAGAUUUGAAGACUUAGAAUCCAAUGAAGUAACAAGCGAAGCUACAUUUCUUGAUCCGCGGUUCAAGAAGUAUGGAUUUGCUUCUGAAGAUCAAUAUGAAAAUACUGUAAAAAGUAUAAAGUCGAAAAUAACACAUUUUGAUGUACCUGCAAAUACCUCUUAUCAAUCACCUUUACUUGUUGAACCUAAUUUACCGUCCGAGUCUAAAUCAAAGGUAUUAUCUAUUUGGGACGAUUUCGAUAGAAAAGUUCAGAACUUCCUAGCUAGUAGGGCAAAUCCUGUGGCUGCUAGUAUCAGAGAGGUAGAAAAAUAUAUUACUGAACCCCUUCUUAGGAGAACAGAAGAUCCACUGCAAUGGUGGGAGGAAAGAAAAGUAUUAUAUCCUCGCCUUUAUAAGCUAAUGCGGAGAAGAUUAUGUGUUGUAGCUACAUCCGUUCCAAGCGAGCGAAUAUUUUCAAAGGCUGGAGAACUUAUCAGCGAGAAACGAAGUCGACUUAAAUCUGAACAAGCUUCUCAAGUUUUAUUUUUACAUCAUAAUCUUUAAUAUGCCUAUUAGUUCAUUUGAUUAUAUAAGUCUCUCAGAAGCACAAUAGCCUAAGUAUAAAAUUGAUGUUUUGAUAUAUCGGCAAAUAAAGAAUUGAGCUAAAAAUGAAACCAUUGGUUUUUUUAUUAAUCAGUAUUAUUUUAUUCACUUACACAAACCGUCCUGGAACCGUAUACAUUAUAUGAGUCGAAUGAGC